GCUAACUAACUGGCCUAUCUUUGUUGACGUGUGCAACAGUUAAAAUGUAAAAGACUUUAAGCUAAAAUAAGAUUUCAUUUAUAUAAUUUUGUUUUUGUGCUUAAAUAUGGUCGCAAGUGUGGUAAAAGCGCCCAAGUGUACGCGCAAAACAAAAGAAUUGGCCAAAAUCAAGCCUGAACAAGUGAAUAAUGACAAUUGGCGGUGGUGGGCUUUGUUAGCCCUUGUAUUUCUCAUUACAUUUGGUACACGUUUCUAUAAGGUAACUGAACCAGAUCACAUUUGCUGGGAUGAGACACACUUCGGCAAAAUGGGCAGCUGGUACAUCAAUCGCACCUUCUUCUUCGAUGUGCAUCCACCACUUGGCAAGAUGUUGAUUGGCUUAUCUGGCUAUUUGACGGGUUACAAUGGCACCUUUCCCUUCGAGAAACCAGGUGACAAAUACAAUGAGACGCGUUAUCAAGGCAUGCGCUAUUUCUGCACUACGCUGGGUGCACUGAUCAUGCCUAUGGGUUUUGAUACGGUCUACGAUCUGACAAGAUCCCAUGAGGCGGCCUUGCUGUCGGCGGCAUAUCUAAUCUUUGAUGUGGGCCUUUUGACGCUCAAUCAGUAUAUACUCUUGGAUCCGAUUCUCUUGUUCUUCAUGAUGGGUUCGGUGUGGGGAAUGGUGAAGAUAUCGAAAACCACCGCGGCGGGUGGUUCAUAUACAACACGCUGGUGGCUCUGGUUGCUACUCACCGGCACAAUGCUCUCCUGCACGAUCAGCGUUAAGUUUGUAGGUCUGUUUGUGGUGCUGCUGGUGGGUCUGCACACGGCCAGCGAAUUGUGGCUCAUAUUAGGCGACCUUGGGAAGCCCAUUGUGGAGACAAUCAAACAGAUUGCCUGUCGGGCCCUCACGCUUAUUGUCUGGCCCAUCAUUCUCUACACGCUCUUCUUCUACAUCCAUCUGAAAGUCCUCAAUCGCAGUGGCAAUGGCGAUGGUUUUUACAGCUCCGCUUUUCAGUCGCGUCUCAUUGGCAACUCGUUGUACAAUGCCAGCAUGCCACGGGAUGUGGCAUAUGGCGCAUUGGUCACAAUCAAGAAUCAUAAAACUGGCGGUGGAUAUCUCCACUCGCAUUCCCAUCUCUAUCCCAAAGACAGCGGCGCCCGACAACAGCAGAUUACGACCUAUACGCACAAGGAUGAUAACAAUAUCUGGGUUAUCAAGCCCUACAACAAGCAGCAGCUACCAGAGGGCCAACUUCAGCUACUCCGACACGGUGAUCUCAUGCGUCUGGAACAUCUGGUGACCAAGCGGAAUUUGCACUCACACAGCGAACCGGCUCCGAUGACGAAGAAGCAUCUCCAGGUCACGGGCUAUGGCGAGUUGGGCGUGGGCGAUGCCAAUGAUGUGUGGCGUGUUCUUAUUGUUGGGGGCAGGACAAAUGAUACCAUUCACACGGUGACGUCACGCUUGAUGUUCGUGCAUUAUCUGCAGAACUGUGCACUUACAUCGAGUGGAAAACAGCUGCCCAAAUGGGGAUUCGAGCAGCAGGAGGUUUCCUGUAAUCUGAACAUACGUGAUAAGAAUGCCCAAUGGAAUGUCGAGGAUAAUCAGCACAAACUACUACCCAGUGUCAAUUUUAGCAUCUAUGCUCCAGGAUUCUUUGCGCGCUUCUUGGAGUCCCAUGCGGUCAUGUUGCAAGGCAAUGCAGGACUCAAGCCCAAGGAAGGCGAAAUAACCAGUCAACCCUGGCAGUGGCCCAUUAACUAUCGGGGUCAAUUCUUCUCGGGCAGCAGCUAUCGCAUUUAUUUGCUUGGCAAUCCCAUCAUCUGGUGGAGCAAUCUCAUCUUUCUCCUCCUCUUCGUCAGCGUCUUUCUCUGCAAUGCGAUUGUGCAGCAGCGACGUGCAGGUCAAGCGGCUCUCAAUCAAACCAUUAGACGUUCCGAGCAGCUCCCAUCGGGCACCACAGAGACCUGCAGCUGUUGCUCGGAAGCUAACCGAUCUGAUAAAGCCUCCUCCAUUCCAAGUGAAUCCUAUCCGACAAUGUCUCUGCAAGCAGCUGCCUGGUUGUUCAUCGGCUGGCUUUUGCAUUAUUUACCCUUCUGGGCAAUGGGUCGUGUGCUCUACUUCCAUCAUUACUUUCCUGCACUGAUAUUCAACUCUAUGUUAACAGGCAUUAUGUUCAAUUAUAUAAUCCGAUCGCUGCCAAAGUGGCUGCAGCAUGUGCUUCUCGGUGCUCUUCUUUCGGUGGUUGCCUACAGCUUUGUGCUGUUCUCCCCGCUGUCCUAUGGUAUGAGUGGACCACUGGCAAACGAGCCCAAUUCGACCAUGCAUAAGCUCAAGUGGAUGUCCACGUGGGAGUUCUAGAAAAUGGAACAAAUUAGACGCGGAUUUUGGCAUAGA